AGCUUGAAAACACGCGCAGUAGCUGUGUAAAAAACGUAGUUAUUAAGAAGUGGCUUUGCAUUUUGUUCUUAGAGGACAAACAUUCACAGUUCGGAGCAACUUCACAACAUAUUGGUAUUACUAUAUAUAUUUCUUCUCUGCAAUUACUGGAAGGGAACACUUCAGUUCUGCUUCUUCACUUUUUCACGUUAUUUUUGAGUCGAAUAACCACAACACUCAGUCAAAUUCCGGCGAAAUAUGUCCGUUAGCUUUUCUACGCUGGUGCAGCGCGCACGUCCCGCGUCGAACCACGCCACUUCGGCGGCGUUCCGCGAGGUCCUGAGCAAGCUGCCGCCUACCAACGUGUCCACCCUCGGCAACGGCGUGCGUGUGGCAUGCGAGGAGAACCCGCUCUCCAAGAUUGCGACCGUCGGUGUCUGGAUGGACUCUGGCUCCCGCUACGAGCCCGCCGCCUCCGCCGGCACCGCCCGUGUGCUGGAGAAGUGUGGCUUCCUCGGCACGACGAACCAGAGCGGUGCGCAGAUCGCCAAGGCCGUAGAGGAACUCGGUGGUCAACUGGAGGUGAACGUGGGCCGCGAGCACACCUACCUCUACAUGAAGGUCACAAAGGAGAACACCGCGCGCGCGGUAGGCCUGUUGGCCGAUGUGGUGCGUAAUGCUCGCCUGGCGGAUGAGGACAUCGUGAAGGCGCGGGCGAUGGUGCACGAGGAGCAGCGCCUCUUCGAGGAGCGGCCGGACGACAUUGUGAUGGACAACCUGCACCGCUGCGCCUUCGACAGCACACCCUACGGCGUCGGCACCCCCCUCUACGGCACCGAGGAGGGCGUGAAGAAGGUGACGGCGGACCAGCUGCGCCAGUUCCGCGACAGCACCCUCGCCGGCAGCCGCGUCGUGGUGGUGGGCAGCGGCGGCGUCGACCACACCGCCCUCGAGAAGGCGGCGCAGAGCCACUUCGGCGAUGUGGCGACAGCCCCUCAGAAGACCAUCACCAUGCCGGAGUCGCGCUACGUCGGCGGCGAGUACCGCUUGUGGAACCUUCGCUACAAGACCGUGAACGUCGCCUGGGCCUUUGAGACGUGCGGGGCGGCGUGCGAGGAUAACAUCCCCCUCGCCCUCGCCUGCGAGAUUCCCGGCUCCUUCCACCGCUCCCAGCACGAGCUCGGCCAGCACGCCAUGCACCGUGUGCUGAAGACCUUCUCCUCGCUGGACCACUCCACUCCCACCAAUACGCACUUCAACGAGAAGUCGAUCGAGAUAGCGAACCCCUUCCUGGAGAGCUACAAGGACGUGGGGCUGUGCGGCAUGUACGUCGUCGGCCGCCAGGCGCAGGGCGGUCCGGGCGACGGCGGUGUCAUCGUCGAGGUGCUGCAGUACACGAUCGCCGAGUGGUGCCGCUUUGCGCAGAAGAUGCUGCACGACAACGAACUGGCGCAGGCGAAGGUGAACAUGAAGGCGCAGCUGCUCUUCAACAUGGACGGCAGCGCGAACGCGGCGAAGGACAUUGGUCGCCAGGUGCUGCACUACGGCCGCCGUGUACCGCUGACGGAGAUGUACGACCGCAUUGACGACACCACCGGCACCAAUGUGCAGGAGGUGCUUCAGCACUACUUCUACGGCCGCAAGCCCGUGUACAGCUACCUGGGCUACAUCUCUGCCAUCCCGAACUACGAUUGGACCCAGCAUUGGUCGUACAAGUACUGGUAUUAA